AUGCGUGACAUCGGACCAAGAGCUGACGAACAAACCGAGUAUGGCACGCACCGAGGCCUGAAAUCCCAUCAUAUCCAGCUGCUCGCCAUCUCAGGGGUCAUCGGCACCGGACUUUUCGUGGGAACAGCUAGCGUUCUGGCUUCUGCUGGACCGGGCGGGCUCCUGAUCGGAUAUAUCAUCUGGUGCGUCUUUCUCCUGAUCGUGGCCCAUGCCAUGGGAGAGAUGUCUGCCUUUCUGCCCGUUCCGGGGUCUUUCGCGACGCACAUCGGACGUUUUGUGGACGAAAGCGCCGGGGUGGCCAUGGGCUGGAUCUACGCAUACUCCAUGAUGAUCUUCACCGCGGCCGACUGCACUGCCCUGACGGGACUCUGGGCGUACUGGUUUCCCGAUAUCAACCCUGGUGUCUGGGUCGCCGUCACCCUGGUUGUGGUGUUUGCUCUCAACUGCCUGGCGGUCAAGUAUUUUGGCGAGGCCGAGUUCUACGCGUCCAUUUUCAAGAUCUUCCUCAUCUUCGGCUUCCUCCUCUUCACCUUUAUUGUCGUCCUUGGCGGCAACCCGCAUCACGACCGCAUCGGUUUCCGGUACUGGAACAACCCGGGCGCGUUCAAUGAAGCCUACACCACCGGCUCUCUCGGCCGCUUCCUGGCCAUCUGGGGCGUCUUCAACACGGCCGCUUUCUCGAUCGGAGGACCCGAUUUCAUCGCAAACUGCGCUCCCGAAACAUCGAACCCACGACGAAACAUUCCUAAGGCGGUUCGACGGGUGAUCUAUCGCCUCAUCUUCUUCUUCAUUCUGUCGGUCUUUGCCGUGGGAUUGCUCGUCCCCUAUAACGACCCCUCCAUGCUGUCGGCCAUUGCGAGCGGCACCGGCGUGGCCAAGUCACCGUUUGUCAUCGCCAUGAAGCGCCUCGACAUUCCCUUUCUGCCGGACCUCGUCAACGCCGUCGUCAUCACUAGCGCCUGGAGCUGCACCAACUGCCUGCUGUUCCAAGCCUCGCGGACGGUGUUUGGACUGGCCAAACACGGCCGUGCCCCCAAAAUCUUUGCGAGGACGACGGCAAACGGCGUUCCCUUGCCAGCCUUGGCCUUAUCGGUCGGGGUGGCCUGUUUGGCCUUUAUGACGUGUAACACGGCCUCGGCGGAAGUGUUCAACUGGUUCAUCAAUCUGGGGUCGACGGCCAUCAUGAUCGCCUAUAUUCUGAUGCUGGUAGCCAAUCUACGAUUCCACGCCGGCCUCCGCGCCCAGGGCAUCGACGCCAAUACAGUCUUGCCAUUCCGGAGUCGCUUCACGCCCUGGGGUAACUGGAUCGCGCUCUUCGGCGUCGGCAUCAUCCUGUUAACAAAUGGCUAUGGCGUCUUCAUUCACGGCUACUGGAGUUUCCAAAACUUCUUCACCGCUUACUUCACCAUAGUCUUCUUCUUGGUCGUCUAUCUCGGGUGGAAGGUUGUCAAACGGACCAGCUUCGUCAAGGCCGUCGACAUGGACUUCUGCACCGGUCUAGCCGAGGUCGAGAAGCACGAAGCCAGCCUGUCGGUCAAACCUCCAGAGACCAGAUAUGAAAGGUAA